AUGAAUAUGGUGAACCAAGUUCCUGGCAUCUUCCUCUGGGGAGAGAACCAUGGCGCCUUGGGAGGCAUUGCCGGCAUGCAGGAGAGAUUCCUGGAGGCGGCGCAGGCGCAGGGCUCCUCGGACGCGCGGCACGUCGAGCUGUUGCAGAACUCCCAGGACGUCGUGUGGGAGUGGCUUACCCCACCCACCUUCCAGAACGAUUGGAAGAGGGUGGAGGUGCGUGGCUUCAAGGAGAUCAGAUGGAAUGAGACCAUGGUGCAAUUCAUCCGCAGAUCCCUCCCUUGCAGCCGGCUGAUCUUCAACUUUCGACUGGAUCUGGAAGCUCAGAGCCAUUCGGACUUCUUCAAGCGCAAGCAACGCAAGCCUGGCGCACAGGCCCUGUCGACCAUCACUGACAAGGCGGCGGCCUUGGUGGCGCAUUCAGGCCUUCCUGCUUUCCAGCUGCCCUUGGAGAACUUCUCUGCGCCGGAGUUCACACGCCUCGCGCGAUGGCUGGGGGCAGAAUGUAGCUUCGACAAGGUUUACAAUACAAAUACUGGUGGCAGCAUGGAUGCAUCGACCACCGAUGCCAGAUGCUGGUGCGCAGCCUGCAAUGCCACCUCUCUGUGCUCCCGGCGCUUCCUCUUCGCGGUCUUAGAGGCGCCAAAUAGCACGCGGCCAGCCGAGCUCGCGGAGAUGUUGGAGUCGUUGUACUUCUCGGAGAGUGAGGAGCUUCUCCCGGGGGCCGCAUCCCUCUGCGAGACGGUGGCCGCCAUGCAGCGGCUCCUCACCACCCCGGAGCAGACCGUGGGCAGCAACCUCUCUGCUAGCGAUCUCGGGAAAGGAACGGCCUGGACUCACCCAGGGCCUGGCCAGCUGCCUUCCAUUUUGGCCAAGAUGCAGAAGAUGCUUUGGGACUGGUUGGAGCCUUCAGAGCAGCAAAAGUCCGCGAGCAUUCGCGGCUUUGCGGCGCGACCUCUGGACCUGCCCUGCCUUCUGGCCGUCUGUCCCUGCGCCCGCGUGGUAGUGAGCAAGGAUCCUGGUGGCCGCUGGAAG